ACUUCUACUCCUUCAUCCUCAAUUUUCUCCAUUCACGUUCUCAUUCCAUUCUGAGAAAACUAGCCGUUUGGAAAUCAAAGGUAGUCUAUUUCAAAACAAAUGCUCUCCUAUUUAUAACCUGAUGGUUAAAUAUACAGAAAAUCUAGUUUGAGAGGAUAUAUGUCUUUGUUGUUGAGAUUUGUAAUAGAUUUCUCUUUAGAUUCUUGAGAAUGAUUAAUGGUCGUUGUUCUGCUUGCAAGUAUUUGAGAAGAAAAUGCCCUUUAGAUUGCAUUUUCUCUCCAUAUUUUCCUUCCAAUGAUCCUGAAAGAUUUUCAUGUGUCCACAAAAUCUAUGGUUCCAGCAACGUGGGAAAAAUGCUCCAGCAACUGCCGGUUCAUCUACGAGCUGCAGCAGCGGAUUGCUUAUGCUAUGAGGCACGAUGCAGAAUUCAAGAUCCUGUGUAUGGCUGUGUUGGAAUAAUCUCUCUACUUUAUCAACAAAUACACAGUGCAGAAAAUCAGCUAGCUGAAACCAAAGCAGAAAUAGCAGUCCUUGCUGUGAACAAGAACUUUCAAAUUUAA